AUGGCUGCCCCCGAUGACUGGAAAGCGACCAACCGCACGAUCCAGAUCCUAAAGGCAGCCGAGGAAGGCAAAUAUGGUGUCAUCGCCGCCAUCGCGUACAAUAUAGAGCAGAUCCUAGGCCUCGUACGGGCUGCCGAGAAGGCGCACUCCCCGCUCAUCAUCCAGUUCUUUCCCUGGGCCAUCACCUUCUCGGACGGCCUGCUCGUGCGCACGGCCGCCGACGCCGCCCGCCGCGCCAAGGUGCCCAUCUCGAUCCACCUUGACCACGCGCAGGACGAGGCCAUCAUCAAGCGAGCGGCCGACGAACUGCCGUUUGACAGCAUCAUGGUCGACAUGUCGCACUACGAAAAGGCCGAGAACCUGGCCAAGACGGCGCGCUGGGUCCGCUACUGCCACGAGCGGCGUAUCGCGACCGAGGCGGAGCCCGGGCGCAUCGAGGGCGGCGAGGACGGCGUCAUGGAUACGGCCGACCUGGAGGCGAGCAAGACGACGCCCGAGGAGGUGGACGACUUCAUCGCCACGGGGGUGGAUGCCCUGGCGCCCGCGAUUGGUAACGUGCAUGGCGAGUAUGGCCCCGAGGGGCCACAGCUUGACUUUGAGCGAUUUGCGGCAAUCCGCGCCCAAGUCAAUGGCAGAGUGAGACUAGUGCUCCACGGGACGAACGGGUUCAAGUCGGAGCUGAUGAAGGAGUGCAUCGCGGCGGGCGUAUCCAAGAUCAACGUCAACAGGCUGGUGUUGGACGACUACUACACGCAUCUGCGGUCACAAGUCUCGAAUGUGCCUCACACGGCCCUCAUAGAGCAGGGCGUAGAUAAGGUAAUUGCGCAGACGGUGGAGUGGAUGGAGAUAUGUGGUUCUGCCGGUAAGGCGUAG